AUGGCGUUCACAAGCACCCACACCGCCAGCGCACCCGUGGCCGCUCAGGCCCGUCCCGCCGCGCGGCCGCGUGCUUCGGCUCAGCAGGUGCUCCGUGCCCCCCUCCUCGUGCGAGGUCCUGCUCCGGCCCCUGCGCGCCACUCCGUGCUCGCGCGGUCGGGCCCCGCCGAUGAGAUCGAUCCCACGACCGGGGAAAUCAUCCCUGGAUCGGGGCUGGCGCGCGAGCCCGUCGCAAGCACGACCAUCAAGGUGGGCAAGUACAAGUGGGCGGUGCGGCGGUCCUCGCCGGACGAGGGCGCCAAGAAGCAGAAGGAGGCCGUCCUGCUGCUGCACGGCAUCGGCUCGUCGUCCUACUCCUACCGCGAGGUCGCGCCGCUGCUCGCCAAGGAGGGCUUCGAGACGCUGGCGGUGGACUGGAUCGGCCACGGCGGCAGCGACAAGCCCUCGCCGGACGAGUUCGACUACACGCAGGAGUCGUACGUGCGUGCGCUGGACGCGUUCAUCGAGGAGGCCGGGCUGGGGCAGCCGCUCGUGCUCGUCGUGAACGGCUUCGUCCUGGGCAACUACGCCCUCGACUGGGCGCAGCGCAACCAGGACAAGUUCGACAAGCUCAUCAUGCUCAACACCCCCCUGAGCCCGCGCAAGUCCAAGCUGCCGCCCACGCUCGCGGCGUACAAGAGCCCCAUUCCGUUCCUGCGCCCCGCGGCGGGCUCGCCUUUCCCGGGCGACCUGUGGAACGCGGACGGGCUGGCGUACGUGAUGGAGCGCAAGGUGGCCGACGCGUACCUGGCGCCGUACGAGGGCGACGCGGGCGCGGCGGCGAGCGAGGCGGUGCGGGCGACGAUGGAGGCGCACGACUUCAAGACGUGCCUGCAGGACCUGGACUACGCGUACGAGUCGUUCAAGAAGGACAGCCUGCUCUUGUUCGGAGGCAAGGACAGGAACGUCAACCUGACCGAGGCGGUGGACUGGCUGGACUCGAAGCGGACGAACAUGCAGCUCAUGACGCUGGAGGAGCGCCUGGGCCACAUGCCGCAGGAGGACUACGCGGAGCCCGUCGCGGAGGCCAUGGCCAAGUGGAUCCGCGGCGAGAAGUUCCAGCUCUCGCUCGGGAAGAAGGCGUCGAAGCGGCCCGAGGGCGUCGGCGCGGAGAAGUGA